CCAUUUCUCUACGACCCACGCGCCCCACAUAUAAUCCCCACAUAUAAUCCAUUUCCACGCAUAUAAAUUCCCCAUUUCUCUAUGACCCACGCAUAUAAAUUCCCCAUUUCUCUAUGACCCACGCAUAAUCCUCAUUAUACAACCCACGCGCCCCACACAAAAUGCUCAUUAUAAAUUCCCCAUUUCUCCUCAUAACCCUCAUCAUACAUCUUCAGUUCUCUCAUUUUCCCUUAACAAAUUAAGCGUGAAGAAGCCUUCUGUUAUCUCAGGAUACAACAAACAAGCAUGUCUGCCCUGAAUUCCACUCAUUUCACUUCAUUGAGGGACCAAGUGCUGAAUGUAUUCAAGGAAUUGCAGGAGAUCCUCAUUAAAUUCUUAACACUGUCCAUUGCUUUGAUUUCACUAACAAACACUGAGUCAGGGAAGCUUUUGUUUACAGAACAGCACAAGCUAAUGAUGUUUCUGAUUUUAACCAUUGUCUUAUACUUCUUAUUUGCUUCCACUGGGACAAUACUUCAGAUAUAUAAGGGAAACCUCCUUCCACUUGUAAUUUGGGUCAUGCUUAUUGUGGGAGGUAUUGUUUCAGUUCUGGCUUUGAGCUUCAUUUCAGCCACCGUAGCUUGGAUCACUUUGGCCAUGUGGGUUGGAAUAUUCGCAGUGGUUGCCUACGACUAUGGUGUUCCUCAAAGGAUCAUGAAUUGGGUUAAGGGUCCAUCAAGCUGAGCUAAUUAAGGUUGUCGCCUCUCUAGAGAAAGCAUCAAACUAUGACACUAUAUCACAGAGUUUCUCAGUUAUGUUGUUGUCCUUUGUGGUUGCUAGUUAUUAUGUUUUUUCUGUGUUAUGUGUUAUAUGUUGUACUAUACGUUUCUAGAUUCUUGACUUGACUUAGGAAGAAUCUGUUAUGAAUUUGUGAAAAUAUAUCUUCUUUUUAAUGAUUAGAAGUUUUGUUUUCCUUUUA